AUGGCAGAGGACAGAGCUCCAGGACCCGCCGGGAAGCCGCGGGUGGUGCAGAGCGUCCUGCUGGAGCGGGGGUGGGAGAAGUUCGAGCAGGGAGGGCAGGACGGGGAAGACUGGAACCUGUACUGGAGGGCCUCCGCCUUCCACAUGGCCGAGCACGCCAACAUCACACCCUGGCAACGUCUCAACCACCACCCGGGCACCACCAGGCUCACCAGGAAGGACCACCUGGCCAGACACCUGCGGCACAUGAGGAAGACGUACGGCGCGGCCCUGGAUGAGAUCACCCCUCUGACGUUCAUGAUGCACAAGGACUGCAGCAAGUUCGUGGCCGAGUACUUCAGGGAGAAGCCGGGGCGGCCGCGGAGCUGCUGGAUCUGCAAGCCGGCAGGGCGCUCCCGCGAGGGCAUCCUCCUCUUCAGGGACAUCAAAGACUUAGUCUUCGACGACACCUACGUCGUGCAGAAAUACAUCUGCCACCCUCUGCUCGUGGGCAGGUACAAAUGCGACCUCCGCGUCUCCGCGUGUGUCACCGGCUUUCAGCCUCUGACCAUUUACCUCUACCAGGAGGGGUCAGCGCGGUUCGCCACGGAGAAGUUCGACCUCGGGAGCCUGCGGAACAGCCACGCGCAUCUGACCAACAGCAGCAUCGGUAAGUGCGGGGCCUCGUCCGUGAAGGUCAGGGAAGUGGUCGGCCAUGGCUGCAAGUGCCUGAGCAGGUUCUCCUCCUUCCUCCGCAGCUGGGACGUGGACGACCCGCUCCUGUGGCAGAUCAGCCACGUGGAGAUUCUCCCGGUGCUGCCCAUUGCGCCCUCGGUGCCCGUCGCCACCAACUGCUCUGAGCUCUUUAGCUUUGAUAUUUUGGUCGACAACAACUUGAAACCGUGGCUUCUGGAGGUCAGCUUCAGCCCCGCCCUGUCCAUAGACUGCUCAGCGGACACAUCCGUGAAGAGGAAACUUAUGCAUGACACCAUGGAGCUGAUUUACUUACGCGGUCGAAGAAACGUGAGGGCAGACGGCAAGCUGCACGCAGGCGGACUCAGCAAGCCUGGCAGUGUGCGCCCCUCGGAGUCCGUCUUCCAGCGGACGGGUAGAACUUUGAAGGAUGAAUCUGCUGUGAAGAAAGCCCUAAAAAUAUGCCCUGAAAAUAAACAUGCGUCCCAGCCGAGGGAAAUGGCAAGCGGGCAGAAGGACCUGCUCCUGUCCACAAAAGCCCCCAGGACGAAGCCAGAGCUAACGUGUAGACACUCGACCUCUCAUAAGACACUCCUUCCGUUCAUGUCGCUCAUUCAGUCGUGCGUGGGCCAGACCAGCGUCCCCUGCGUCCCCUCGGACAGCAGCAGGGUGCCGGGUCUCCAGGCACGGAAUUUUGUGCUAUUUCCUUUCAAUGAAGCGACUUUCGGAGCAUCUAGGAACGGAUUAAAUGUCAGAAGAAUAAUCCAAGAAUAA